AUGAUAUUUAACUCCUUGGGGUCUUGGGGACAGGAAGGCCACAUAUGGUCAAAAGUAGCGACACCCCUCAUAUUAAAGCCAUCAGUUUACACUGAGGAACAACAUGACUUCUCAAUACAAGAAUACAAUAACUCUAGUUCAGAAGCAGAGUACGCCACAGCAGUGGAAGCGCAGGAUAUUGAUACAGUUAGUAACCGGGUGGCAGUAAGUGAGAAAGAAAAACAAAAGGACGGGUACCGAUUUCUUACACCGAUACUUUUCAAUUUUUUCGCAUAAAAUGGAAGAACACUAUCAUAGUAACUAUACCGAUCUCUUUUAUUUUGUUAUAAAACGAUUGAUAUGGCACGACCAU